CUGAUUAGAGUGUAGAACAAUUACGUUUUUUUUUUGUCAUUUUAAUUAAUUUAAUGAAAUGAAAACUAAAUUUAGAUUAAAAUAGAGUUAUUUUUUUUUUAAAUUUCUAAAAAACAAAAACGAAACUGAAAAAAAGAGAGAGGAGAAAAAAAAAAAACUCUCAAAACGUAUAAAAGAAAACAGAAUAUUAAAUUCUGUAAACAUUUUGCAGAAACGAAUAAUUACAAAAACAACAAAAACAUAUUGUUUAUCCAAAAAAGAAAGAGAAGUUGAAUUAAAAAUUAAAAAAAAAAAUCAAAGACAACAAAACACAUAAUGUUGGAUAAAGCUCAUUUAUAUUUAACAGUAGGAUUGGGAUUUAUAUGUUUUUGGACUACAAAGGAAGCAGAGUCAGCUAAGAAUUAUACAAUACGACCACGAGUGGUUCUUCCCGAAAAUUAUGUCAAGGAGAUUCGUCCGCCUUCGAAAAAUCGUUCACCAGUGAUAGUAGAUUUAAGUAUAUUUGUAGUAGAUAUUAAUUCAAUUAACGUAGAAGAUAUGGAUUUUAGGGUAGAUAUGUUUGUACAUCAACGAUGGAUUGAAAAUAGAUUAAAACUCCCUGAUGAUAUAUUUGAAGAAGGUGAUGAUUAUGUUACACUUCCUCCAGAAUUUUUUGAUAAUUUAUGGCAACCAGAUCCAUAUUUUUUAAAUUCUAAAAUAGCAGAAAUCGCAACCUUAACCCAUAAAUUUACAUCUGUGACGUUAUAUAAAAAUAAAACGGUACGAUAUGCAGCACGGAUGCAUGCAAUUAUUGCCUGUCAAAUGGAAUUUCAAAUGUAUCCAAUGGAUAUACAAGUCUGUCCAAUACAAAUUGAAAGUUUUUCCUAUAGCAAUCAAAAAGUAAAAUUAAAAUGGUCCGAUACUGGUGUUAUAUUAAAUCCAGAAUUAAAAUUAUUGCAAUAUAAUUUAGGACAACCAUUACAAUUAGAAGAGAGUGAUGGUUAUAUGCCAGAGAAAGUUGGAAAUUUUUCCCGUUUAACUGUAUAUUUUCGUUUUGAACGUCAAAUUGGACAUCAUUUAAUACAAACAUUUGCUCCAUCAUCAUUAGUUGUUAUGUUAUCAUGGUUUAGUUUUUGGUUAGGUUUAGAUGCAAUACCAGGUCGUGUAACAUUAUUAGUAACAUGUAUGUUAACAUUAGUUACAAUGUUUACCGGAUUAAGAGCUGAUAUACCACCAGUCGCUUAUGUUAAGGCUUUAGAUUUAUGGAUGGCUGGUUGUAUGAUGUUUGUUUUUGCAGCUUUAGGUGAAUUUGUUGUUGUUAAAGUCCUUGAUGUACAAUAUCAAUACCAAGUGAAUAAAAUACCAAAAGUCUUACCAAUGCGUAUAACUGCUAUGGAAAAAGGUCAAUGUGCAACUGUAGCAAAUUGGGAAGGUGGAGCAGUUAGAUCACGAAAAGCACCCUCACAGACACCUACUACACCCGGUCAGACAUCAUUACAAGGGAAUGGUGGUCCACCAAAACCAGCAAGACGGCAAAGUUUAUUAUCAGUUGCAUGGACGGAUACUGAUACUGGUGUUGAAAAAAUUAUGUGGCGUGAAAUUGAUAAAACUUCAAGAAUUGUAUUUCCAGUAUUAUUUUUAGUAUUUGUGAUACUUUAUUGGCCUAUACUUCUUAUGAAAUCUUCCUAGAAUUUUAGGAUAAAUAUAAAUUUUAAAUGUAUUAUCAAUUGUUUAGUUAUUAUUAUUUGUAUUUUAAUUAUUAUAGUAAAAGGAUCAAAAAUGAUGUUAUAUAAACGCAAUAUAUAAAUAUAAUUUAUAUUGAACAUAAUAUACAACAGU